AGUAGUCGCGGGCGCAGCCGCGGCCCUAGAGAAAUUGUGCGUCGGUGACAGGGUGGGGGGGUAGCUUUGUCUUUUCAAAAAAAAAAGGAAGUAGAGGUCGUAAGUCAGCGGGUGAGGACAUCCAUUGGGUGCAUAUCAAUCCUCCGAGGAGUGUGGCCGGGGCCAGAAGUCAUUUGAGUGGCUGGAAAUCUGCUAACUCCGGCUGACCUGCAUGUUAAGAUGGAAUUUUGUGAUACAAUAACUUUAAACAAAAAAGAAAUUGCCAUGCAAGGCUUUGUGCGAGCGAUGACGUGACCUAUUUUUAUUUCGCAAAUGGACAAAUAUGGAAAAGGAGUUCAACGGCCUAAGAUGGAUUUGAAAUGUAUCCUACAUACUUUACUGAUUUGCUGCUGCUGCUGGAAUGGACUUGCGCAAUCAGACCACAGUGAGUGUUUAAAAGCCAGUGCAAAGUCAUGUGGAGAAUGUAUACAAGCUGGUAGAAACUGUGGAUGGUGCACCAAAGUUGAUUUCUUACAAGAGGGGGAACCAAACUCUGCACGCUGUGAUGAUAUUAACUCUUUAAUAAGUAGAGGAUGUUCGAAGAGCGAGAUUGAAAAUCCCAAAGGUUCACAACAAAUAGAUGCAAAUAAAAAACUUACUGGUCGCACAAGUGGUGCAAAGGUAGAGGUGAAAGACAUUACACAGAUUCGACCACAGAAGUUAACUCUGAAAUUGCGAUCAGGAGAGCCCCAGACCUUCUCGCUGUAUUUUAAAAGAGCAGAUGAUUAUCCUAUUGAUCUCUAUUAUCUUAUGGACCUGUCUUUUUCCAUGAAGGAUGACUUGGAAAAGGUUAAAAAGUUAGGAACAGAAUUGAAAAAUGAAAUGCAAAAGAUAACUUCUGAUUUCAAAAUUGGGUUUGGGUCCUUUGUGGAUAAGACUGUGAUGCCAUAUAUUAGCACAACCCCAGCCAAAAGAAAAAAUCCUUGCCCAGGUGGUGAGGUAUGCACAAGUCCAUUUAGCUUCAAGAAUGUGCUACCAUUGACAGAAGAUGGAUCAAAGUUCAAUGACCUUGUAAGCAACCAGACUGUUUCUGGAAAUCUAGACUCUCCAGAAGGUGGCUUUGAUGCCAUUAUGCAGGUUGCUGUUUGUGGGGACAAGAUUGGUUGGCGAAAUGUCACUCGAUUGCUGGUAUUUUCUACAGAUGCAGGAUUUCACUUUGCUGGAGAUGGUAAACUGGGUGGCAUUGUUCUACCAAAUGAUGGGAAAUGUCAUCUCAAUACUGAAGGUCUCUACACCAUGAGUGAUUACUAUGAUUAUCCAUCCAUUGCUCAUUUGGUACAGAAACUUAGUGAAAAUAAUAUUCAGCCUAUUUUUGCUGUUACAGACGAUUUCAAGGGGGUAUAUGAGGAACUCCAUAAUCUCAUUCCAAAAUCUGAAGUGGGUGUGCUUUCAUCAAACUCCAGUAAUGUUAUCAAGUUAAUCCUUGAUGCUUAUCACGCUUUGUCUUCUGAAAUUAUCCUGGAGAAUGAUAAAUUGCCAGAAGGGCUUUCAUUGCAAUAUACAGCCUUCUGCAAGAAUAAUACUGUUCAUACAGGGGAGAAAGGCAGGAAGUGUUUGGGCAUUCAAAUUGAUGAUGAGGUCAGCUUCAACAUAAGUAUCACAGCAACAAAAUGUCCAAAUAAUGGUAAAAAAACAAGUUUUCAAAUCAAACCUCUGGGAUUUAAUGAGAAAGUAGAGAUUAAUCUGGAAUUUAUUUGUGAAUGUGAAUGUCAUAAGAAGGGAUUGCAAAAUAGCACAGAAUGUCAUCAGGGUAAUGGAACUUUUGAAUGCGGAGCCUGCAGGUGUAAUAAAGGGCGCAUUGGGCGAUACUGUGAGUGCAGCACUGAUGAAGUAAACAGUGAGGACAUGGAUGCUUCAUGCAGGAAAGAUAACACAUCUCAAAUCUGUAGUGACAAUGGUGAUUGCAUCUGUGGAGAAUGCCUUUGUAAAAAGAGGGAAAUUACUACUGAAAUCAUCUCUGGCAAAUAUUGUGAAUGUGAUAACUUCAACUGUGACCGGUCUGGUGGUUUGAUUUGUGGAGGAAAUGGAAUCUGUAAGUGUAGGGUAUGUGAAUGUUACCCCAACUUCACUGGCAAUGCCUGUGAUUGCUCUCUGGACAAUUCAACAUGUAUUUCAAAGAAUGGACAAAUGUGUAAUGGCAGAGGUACAUGUGAAUGUGGUCGCUGCAAAUGCACUGAUCCAAAAUUCCAGGGGGCGGCCUGUGAAAUGUGUCCAACUUGCGCAGGAGUCUGUACAGAACACAAGGAUUGUGUUCAGUGUAAAGCCUUCCAGAAAGGACCCAAGAAAGAUACCUGUGAUCAGUGUGAGUUUGAAGUUAUUUUGGUGGAAAAGCAGGAUGAGUUGCCACAACCAGGAGCCGUUCCAUCAAUUGCUCACUGUAAAGAGAAGGAUGAGAAUGACUGCUGGUUCUACUUCUCCUAUUCUGUUAAUGACCAGAAUGUUCCAGAAGUCCAUGUUACCAAAAAUCCAGAAUGUCCGCAAGCACCUGACAUCAUUCCAAUUGUAGCCGGAGUGGUUGCUGGUAUUGUCUUGAUAGGCCUUGCCUUGCUGCUAAUUUGGAAAUUACUGAUGAUCAUUCAUGACCGAAGGGAAUUUGCAAAAUUUGAGAAAGAGAAAAUGAAUGCCAAGUGGGAUACAGGUGAAAAUCCAAUCUACAAGAGUGCAGUGACAACUAUUGUCAACCCAAAAUACGAGGGAAAAUGAUGGAGUUUGUUCAUUUCUGUGAGGUUUUUUUAUUUUAAUAUAGAUAAUGGGUUUGGGUUUCUUUUGUAGUCACAAAUUAGCUUUAGAUCACAGCAGUGAUUGCUAACCAAUAAUGUAAGUUUUUCUAUGCAGAUUUUGCAAUGUGUACAGUAAGUGUAAACAAAAAUUAGUUGCUUUUUAAAUGCAUUUUAAUUUGAAGAGCUGCAGAACACCAGCGUUGGAAUGGAAUAUUAUCCGUUGGUCUAGCUUUGUUUUAAUUUUUAAGAUUCUUCCAGGAUUUAGACUUUGCUAUCAUGUAAAUUCUCUAAACAGUAUUCAAAUCAGGUAAAACAACUUGAAAAGAAAAGAAUCUCUACUCAAUUUAUGUGCCAAAAGAAAUAAUUUGGAAUAUACUGUAUGUGUCUGUUAUUUACAUGAGUGCCUGAGAGAAUUUUGUAGGCCCAAAAUAAAUCUCAUCUUUUCUUUAAUCCACAUUUAUCUUACAGUCAUACUGUGCCUUGUGAAAUUCUUAGUUGGCCUUCUGUGCAUUUUGUUACCCCCUUUAGAUUGUGACAACUGAGCAAAAGUAUGUUUCUUUUAUUUUUAAAGCAUUAUACAACUGUGUUAAACAUAUAACUGAAAUUUUUGACAUGCAUACACUACUCUGCCAAAUGUGGAAUCUUUUUAUUUAAUUGUAAAUUGCUUUGCCAGGUAAUGACAGAUCAAACUUAGUGUUUUUUUAAAUUUGGAUGCAAGUAUUCAUUGGUUUGUAAUAUUGCAGAUUUUUAAAAGUAUUUUGUAGUAACCAAUAGGCCUUGAUACUUGUAUCAAUGCAAAGAGCAAAUGCUUUCAUUUCUAAGCAGUUUCUCUUGGAACUGCUCAAACUCAGAAUGUUCCUUUAUGUUCAAUAGUUAUACAUACUAACAAGCUGCAAGCAAAUAAUAACUUGGAGACAUGCUAGAUAUAGCUGUAUGCAUUAAUUUGUUCCAGGUAUGGACUGAUAUCACUUGGAUCACUUUCUUGAUUUAAAGUGCCUUUUUAUUUUAAGUAUUUACACUCUUGGCAUACACUUGAUUUAUUUAUUAAAUAAACAACUUUAUAAAAAUA